CACUUCUCGAGCACUCUCUAACAACCAAACAUGAAGGCCACGCAAUUCCUGGUUCUUUUCGCCGGUUUGAUCGCCGUCUGCUCGGCUGGUGUAUUGCACGCAGCGGUCCCAGCUGCGAUCGCCGCACCGAUUCCAGCUGCUUUGACGGUCGGCACCUACGCGAGCAGCUACAACGCGCACGCGAUUAAUCACGCUUAUGCCGCCCCGUACAUCGCCAGCCCCGUGGUCGCCCACGCAGCACCGAUCGCGCCGAUCGCGCCGUACGCCUAUUCCGGUUAUCCAGCAGCGGCACUGAUCGCCGGCAGACGCUGA